AUGGGUUCUAUUUCCACGGGGAAGACCAUUGAGAAACUUCGUACACUAUUUUCUGCUUAUGGUUUACCUGAGGAGUUGGUGUGUGACAACGGCACGUCUUUUACCAGCCUAGAAUUCAGGGAGUUUCUUAGAAAAAAUGGUGUGAAACAAACAUUUUCUCCACCAUAUCACCCUGCCUCCAAUGGAGCAGCCGAGAGUUCUGUUCAAGAAGUUAAGAAAAGUUUGUUAAGGCAAGUUUUGGGUGAAAAAUCAUCUCAGCAGACAUCACUGCAGUAUAAAUUGGAUAACUUUCUUUUCGCAUAUCGUAAUACUCCAUCGUCAGUAACCGGUGUGAGCCCGGCUGAACUGUUCUUACGUUGGAAACCUCGAACAAAAUUGACUAUGUUAAAACCUAAUCUACUAGACGAGUCAAGGAAGAAGCAGGAAAUGCAGAAACGAGCCUCAGAUAGGCAUAGAGGUGCGUGUAGAUUUUUUAAUGAAAAUCAGAAGGUGUUGGUUAAAACAGUCAGACAGGAGAAAGUUAGUUGGGUUCCAGGUCGUAUAUUCAAGUGUAAAAGUCCAGUUACUUAUUUGGUUAGUGUUCUUGGCAAAACAAGAGUUUGCCAUGCAGACCAUCUUAGGCCAACUGAGGUAGAGGAGGACGAAAUCGUCGUGCGGAAAGAGGAAGUUGGAAGAAGGACUAUCGAGGCACAUCAACAAGAAUUCAAUAGAGAUUUGCCUAUUUUUCAGGAGUCUACAUCACCAUCAAUAUCAAGACAUGAUGCUUCACCUUAUUUGCCUAGAUUGAAGUCUGAUGUUGGGAAACCACGGGGUGUGCAAUACAGUCCAUCUACAGUUUUGAGGAGAUCACAUAGGACUGUGCACAAGCCGGAGAAAUUGGAUCUAUAA